AUGGUAAUUGUUCGCUAUUUUAUGACGGCUAUAGUGCGUCCAAUCUCAGGAAAGGAAAACCUGGCAACUCACCCGGAUUCUGUGUCUCACCAACAACAACCUCAGCCUCAGCAACAACAAAGACCUGGCUUUGGCUUCAGGAGGUUCUUCAGUGAGGUCAAAGAGGACAUCAAAAACUUUGUAACGGGGUCAGGGAAUAAUAUCGGGGCAACAAAGUUGUUGAAUAUCUGGAAUAUGGUCAACUAUAUUUCUUUUUCAAUAUCCUCCUUAACCAUCACAACUAUUAGUGGGCCCACUGGUGGUGUCCAAAGCCAAACUAAUUCCAGCUUAAAAAUCGAAGCAGACACGGAACCACCUUUAUCAUCGGACAGACAAGCAGAACAGGACCUCGAAUCAGUACAAACUUCUUUUACGUUUGAGACACAAGACCAAGAGUCUGACAAGGAAACGGAACAAAGCCAAGAUAUACAUGAAACUUAUGCAAAUAUGACACAAGGCCAAGAGCAUUCCCCUGUGCCUGACAAACAGACGCCACAGAACCAGGAACUACAAUCUCUUAACGCAAACGAGAAACAGGACCAAGAACACUUACAAUUCAUACAAACAGGACAAGACCUAGAACUACAACAAACUCCUGAUACACAUAAACAAAAUCAGGAGCAAGAAUCUAUGUCUGACAAAGCAGCAGAACAGGACCUCGAACCAACGAACUCAUUUGAGAGUCAAGACCGGGAGCCUUCACCUCUGUUUGGCAAGCAAAUUGAGCAGAAUGGAGAAUCGCUAGAAACUUCUGACACACAUCAGAAGCAAGAAUCACCCAUGCUUGAAAAGCAAGUGGAGCAGAGCCAUGAGCCUGUACAUAUUCCUGACACUCAUGAAAAACACUUGCUAAGAGAUAAUUAUGCGGAUGAUCGAAAACCACUGUAUCAAUUUUAUAUGCCAUUGAAUAAUGUUACUGGUUCGAUAGACAGAGCAAAAUAUGUACUUGACACUGGGGCCAAAAAUGUCAGAGAUGAUAAAGUUAAGACUGACAAUGCAGAAGUAAAAAACAACGAUUUUGAAGUCAAACCCAAUGAGACGGAUAACUUAGAAGUUAGUACCGAUAAUAUUGAAACCAAACCUGACACUACUGAAGUCAAGACUGAUAAUCCCGAAACCAAAGCAGAUGAUACUGAACUGAAGAAUGCUGAAUCUGGAGUCACGACUGAUGUCACUGAAGGCAAAGAAAAUGUUGAAGUCAAAAUUUAUGUUUCUGAAGUAAUGACCCCAACAGAAAUCAUGAAUGAAGAUAACACUGACUUCAGAGCAGAUUUUACUGAUAUCAAGGUUAAUGAAAAUGAUGUCAUCGCUGAUAAUACUGACUUCAGAACAGACGACGCUAAUAAGAAAGACGAUACUGAACAUCAAGUGGAAGUCACACCUGAUACCCAAGUGAAAGUCAAUGGAACAGGUUCCGGAAAUAUUCCUGAUGUCAAGGAUGACCAAAAUAGUGCCAAGACCGAUAGUACUGAAAGCAAAGCCAAUGAUGCUGAAGUCAGUUUCGUUAAAGCAGAAACCAGCUUAAAUAGUUUUUACUCCAAGACUGACAUUGCUGAAAUCAAGGCAGGAGACAGUGAAAUAAAAGCUGAAAAUAGAAUAACGACGGAAAUCAAUGUUAAUGACUCUGAAGCCAAGGCUGAUACUGAAGCCAAGGUUGAUCAUAUUGCAGAGAAUCCAAGAGAUGUUGAAGCCACGGCUGGCGACACAGGAGGCAAGACUGGUGACAUUUCUGAAGCAAAAAUUGAUAACACGGACACCAAGUUGGACAAUAUCGAACCUAACGUUGGUGAUACUAACGUUAAGGCUGAUAGAGGCAAGACUGGUGACAUUUCUGAAGCAAAAAUUGAUAACACGGACACCAAGUUGGACAAUAUCGAACCUAACGUUGGUGAUACUAACGUUAAGGCUGAUAGUACUGAAGCUCUGACUGAUGAUACUGAAGCCAAGAUUGAUGCAACUGAAGCAAAGACAGAUUCUACUGAAGCUAAGACUGACGAUACUGCAGCAAAGGCGGAUUAUGCAGAACCCAAGGCUAGUGAUACUGAAACGAAGGCUGAUAAUACUGAAACCAAGACGGAUGAUACUGAAGCCACUGCUGAUACGGUUGAAGCAAAGACGGAUAAUGCUGUAGAUAAAUCUAUAGCUGAAUAUAUAGAAGCCAAGGCGGGUGAUGCUGAAGCAAAUAUUGAUAGUAAUGAAGCCAAGGAAACUGAAACCAAAGCUGAAGCCAAGGCUGAAAAUAUAGAAACUAAAGCUCAUGAUACUGAAGCCAAGGCUGAUGAUACUGAGACCAAGGCUGAUGGUGCUACAGCAAAGGCUGAUAAUUCUGAAGCUAAUAUUGAUGAUAAUGAAGCCAAGGCUGAUAGUAUUGAGGCCAUGGCUGGUGGUGCUGAAGCAAAGGCUGACGAUGAUGAAGCCAAGAUUGAUGAUAUUGAAGCCAAGGCUGAUGCUAGCGAAGCAAAGACUGACGAUACUGAUGUCAAGGCUGAAGCCAAGAUUGAUGCUACUGAAGCCAAGGCUAAUGAUGCUGAAGCGAAGACUGAUGCUACUGAAGAUAUAGCUGAAGCUAAGAUUGAUGUUACUGAAUCUAAAGUUGAUGCUACUGAAGCCAAGACUAAUGCCAUUGAAGGAGAGCCUGGCAAUACUGAAGCAAAGGAUGAAGUCAACACAGAUGUUACAGAAAGUAAGACUAGCGAUACCGAAGCUAAAGCUGAAGUAAAGACUGAUACCAUCGACACCAAGGCUGAAGCUAAUACUGAUGACAAUGAAGUCAAGGCCGAAGCUAGUACCGAUGUCACUGAAGCCAAGGCUGAAGCUACUACCGAUGUCACUGAAGUCAAGGCUGAAGCCACUACCGAUGUUACUGAAGUGAAGCCUGAAGCUAAUGCCGAUGUCACUGAAGUGAAGCCUGAAGCUAUUACCUAUGUCACUGAAGUGAAGCCUGAUGCUAAUGCCGAUAUCACUGAAGCCAAGGCUGAAGCUACUAUCGAUGUCACUGAAGUGAAGCCUGAAACUAAUGCCGAUAUAACUGAAGCCAAGGCUGAAGCUACUACCGAUGUCACUGAAGUCAAGGCUGAAGCUACUACCGAUGUUACUGAAGUGAAGCCUGAAGCUAAUGCCGAUGUCACUGAAGUGAAGCCUGAAGCUAUUACCGAUGUCACUGAAGUGAAGCCUGAAACUAAUGCCGAUAUCACUGAAGCCAAGGCUGAAGCUACUACCGAUGUCACUGAAGUCAAGGCUGAAGCUGCUACCGAUGUUACUGAAGUGAAGCCUGAAGCUAAUGCCGAUGUCACUGAAGUGAAGCCUGAAGCUACUACCAAUGUCACUGAAGUGAAGCCUGAAACUAAUGCCGAUAUCACUGAAGCCAAGGCUGAAGCUACUACCGAUGUUACUGAAGUGAAGCCUGAAGCUAAUGCCGAUGUCACUGAAGUGAAGCCUGAAGCUACUACCAAUGUCACUGAAGUGAAGCCUGAAACUAAUGCCGAUAUCACUGAAGCCAAGGCUGAAGCUACUACCGAUGUCACUGAAGUCAAGGCUGAAGCUACUACAGAUGUCACUGAAGUCAAGGCUGAAGCUAAUGCCGAUGUCACUGAAGUGAAGCCUGAAGCUACUACCGAUGUCACUGAAGUGAAGCCUGAAGCUAAUGCCGAUGUAACGGAAGUCAAGGCUGAAGCUAAUGCCGAUGUAAAGGCUGAAGCUACUACCGAUGUCACUGAAGUGAAGCCUGAAGCUAAUGCCGAGAUCACUGAAGUCAAAGCUGAAGCUACUACCGAUGUUACUGAAGUGAAACCUGAAGCCAAUGCCGAUGUCACUGACGUGAAGCCUGAAGCCAAUGCCGAUGUCCCUGAAGUCAAGGCUGAAGCCAAUACCGAUGUCACUGAAGUGAAACCUGAAGCCAAUGCCGAUGUCACUGACGUGAAACCUGAAGCCAAUGCCGAUGUCACUGAAGUGAAGCCUGAAGGCAAUGCCGAUGUCACUGAAGUGAAGCCUGAAGGCAAUGCCGAUGUCACUGAAGUGAAGCCUGAAGCUACUACCGAUGUCACUGAAGUGAAGCCUGAAGGCAAUGCCGAUGUAACUGAAGUCAAGGCUGAAGCUAAUGCCGAUGUCACUGAAGUAAAGGCUGAAGCUAAUGUCAAUGUCACUGAAGUGAAGCCUGAAGCCAAUGCCGAUGUCACUGACGUGAAGCCUGAAGCCAAUGCCGAUGUCACUGAAAUGAAGCCUGAAGGCAAUGCCGAUGUCACUGACGUGAAGCCUGAAGCUAAUGCCGAUGUCACUGAAGUGAAGCCUGAAGGCAAUACCGAUGUCACUGAAGUCAAGGCUGAAGCCAAUGCCGAUGUCACUGACGCGAAGCCUGAAGCCAAUGCCGAUGUCACUGAAGUGAAGCCUGAAGCCAAUGCCGAUGUCACUGACGUGAAGCCUGAAGCCAAUGCCGAUGUCACUGAAGUGAAGCCUGAAGCCAAUGCCGAUGUCACUGAAAUGAAGCCUGAAGGCAAUGCCGAUGUAACUGAAGUGAAGCCUGAAGCCAAUAUCGAUGUCACUGAAGUCAAGGCUGAAGCCAAUGCAGAUGUCACUGACGUGAAGCCUGAAGCUAAUGCUGAUGUCACUGACGUGAAACUUGAAGGCAAUGCCGAUAUCACUGAAGUCAAGGCUGAAGCUAAUGCCGAUGUCACUGAAGUGAAGCCUGAAGCUACUACCGAUGUAGCUGAAGUCAAGGCUGAAGCUAAUGCCGAUGUCACUGAAGUCAAGGCUGAAGCCAAUGCCGAUGUCACUGAUGUGAAGCCUGAAGCCAAUGCCGAUGUCAUUGAAGUCAAUCCUGAAGCCAAUGCUGAUGUCACUGAAGUCAAGCCUGAAGGCAAUGCCGAUGUCACUGAAGUGAAGCCUGAAGGCAAUGCCGAUGUCAAGGCUGAAGCUAAUGCCGAUGUCACUGACGUGAAGACUGAAGCCAAUGCCGAUGUCACUGAAUUCAAGGCUGAAACUAAUAAUGAUGUCACUGAAGUGAAGCCUGAAGCUAAUGCCGAUGUCACUGACGUGAAGCCUGAAGUCAAUGCCGAUGUCACUGAUGUCAAGGCUGAAGCUAAUGCCGAUGUCACUGACGUGAAGCCUGAAGCUAAUGUCGAUGUCACUGAAGUCAAAGCUGAAGCUACUACCGAUGUAACUGAAGUGAAGCCUGAAGCUAGUACCGAUGUUACUGAAGUCAAGGCUGAAGCUAAUACCGAUGUCACUGAUGUCAAGGCUGAAGCUAAUGCCGAUGUUACUGAAGUGAAGCCUGAAGCUAAUGCCGAUAUUACUGAAGUCAAGGCUGAAGCUAAUGCCGAUGCUAUUGAAGUGAAGCCUGAAGCUAUUACUGAUGUCACUGAAGUUAAGGCUGAAUCUAAUAUCGAUGCAACUGAAGCCAAGGCUGAUGAUACUGAAGCAAAGAUUGUCACAGUUGACAAUACUGAAACAAAAGUUGAAUCCAACAUUGAUGUUCCUGAAGCCAAAGCAGACGACACUGAAGCAAAGAUAGAAACCAAUGUUGAUGUUACUGAAGCCAGAACAGACGAUGCUGAAGCCAAGGUUGAAGCCAAAAUUUAUGUUACUGAAACUAAGGCUGACGAUGCUAGAGCCAAUACAAAUAAUACUGAAGCCAAGGCUGAUGCUUCCGAAACUAACAUUGAUGCUACUGAAACACAGGCUGGCGAUCCUGAAGCUAAGGUUGAAGCCAAUGUUAAUGCUUCCGAAGCUAAGCCUGAAAAUGCUGAAUCUAAGCUCGAUGUUACUGAAGCCAAGGCUGACGAUUCUGAAGCUAAGACCGAUGGUACUAAUGCAAAGGGUGACAAUACUGAAAUUAAGAAUGAAGCCAAUAUUGAUGCUACUGAAACCAAGACUGAUACUUCUGAAGCGAAGGCUGACGGUACUGAAGUCAAGAUUGGCGACACUGAAGCCGAAAAUGAUGGACGGGAGGCCAAGAUCGACAGUUCUGAAGUCAAUGUUGAAUGUAGUGAAGCCAAGAGUAAUGAUACUGAAGCAAUUGCAAUUAGUCCUGAAGUUACAGCUGAUGAUGGAGUUAAGCCUGAGGAUUCUGAAGCCAAGGCCGAGGAUACUGAAGCCAAAAGUAGUGAUAUUACAGCCAAUAUUCAUGAUACUGAAAUCAAGACGGAUGAUAACGAAGCCAAAGGUGAUGAUACUGAAGUCAAGAUCUAUGACACUGAAGCCAAGAGUAAUGAUACUGAAGCCAAGACUGGUGCUAACGAAACCAAGGAUAAUGACACUGAAGCGAAUACCGAAGAUACCGAAGCCAAGGCCAGUAAUGCUGAAGCCAAGACCGAUGAUAGUAAAGUAGGAACCGAUGGAAGUGAAGCCAAUACUGAAGCUGCUGAAACAACGGCUACUGACGCAAAGGUAGAUGCUACUGAAGCCAAGGCAGAUGAAAGUGAAACGAAGCCCAGUGAGACCGAAGGCAGGAUUGGUGAGACUGAAGCGAAACCAGAUAAUACCGAAACGAAGGCUGAUAAUACUGAAGUCAAGGCUGAAGACACUGAAGCCAAGGUUGAUAGUACUGAAGCUAAGGCGGAGGACAGUGAAGCCAAGGUUGAUAAUACUGAAGCCAAGACUGGUACUACUGAAGCCAAUGCUGCUAAUACUGAAGCCAAUGCUGCUAAUACUGAAGCCAAUGCUGCUAAUACUGAAGCCAAGGCUGAGGACACUGAAAGCAAGGUUGAUAAUACUGAAGCCAUGACUGAUAGUAUCGAAGCCAAGACUGGUAUUACUGAAGCCAAUGCUGAUAAUAAGGAAGCCAUGACUAAGAACAACGAAGCCAAGGCUGACGACACUGAAACUGUGGCUGAUAAUACGGAAACCAAGACUGCGGACACUGAAGCCAAGGCUGGUAUUACUGAAGCCGAUGUCGAGGUCAAGGCUGAUGAUACUGAAGUCAAGGAUGCUAAUACCGAAGCCAAGGCUGAUGACAUUGGAGCUAUGGUUGACAGUACAGAAGCCAAGUUGGAUGAUGCUGAAGCCAAGGCUGAUAACACUGAACCUAAAGCUAAUAAUACUGAAGCUGAAGCCGAUAAUACUGAAGCCAAAGCAGGUGAUACUGCAGCUAAGGUUUCUGAUACUGGAGCGAAGGUUGAUGAGUCUGAAUGUAAGGCUGAUGGUACUGAAGCUCUGGUCGAGAAUACUGAAACUAAAACCGAUAUUACUGAAGCCAAGGCAGGUGAUGCUGAAAUCAAGACUGGAGAUACUGAAGCCAAGAUUGGGGAUUCUGAAACCAAGGUUGAUGAUACUAAAGGCAAAGAUGGUGAUGCCGAAGCCAAUACCGGUGACACUGAAGCUAAGGCUGAUGGUGUGGAAGCCAAGACCGGCGACUCUGAUGUCAAAUUAGGUGAUGCUGAAUCCCAAGUUGGCGAAUCCAAAGCUGAAGAUACUGAAGUCAAGGCAGAUGCCAAGGCUGGAGAUUCUGGAGCCAAGGUUGAAGAUACUAAUACUACGGCUGAUUAUACUGAAGCCAAGGUUGAAAACACCGAAGCUAAAGCUGGUGAAACUGAAGCUAAAGGGGAUACUACUGAAGCCAAGGCUGGUGAUACUGAAGGGAAGAGUGAUGAGGUCAAGCCUGAUGAUCCUAAAGAUAAGCUCGAUUAUACUGGUGAUACUCAAGAUAAGGCUGACUUUGAAGCCAAGAUUACUGACAGUGGAGCUAAAUCUGAUAAUGCUGAAGCUAAAACUGACGAUUCUGACGCAAAAGCUGACGAUACUGAAGCCAAGACCGAUAAUACUGAAGACAAUACCGACAGAACUGAAGCCGAUACUGGUGAUUCUCUAGCUAAGACUGGGGGUUCUGAACCGAAGACUGAUAGUACUGAAACCGAGAAUAAAAGCAGCGCUAUUGAUACUGAAGCCAAAGGCAAUGAUACUGAAGCCAAGGUUGAUGAUGGUAAACCUGUAGGUAAUGAUAGCAAAGCCAUGGUUGAUGUUACUGAAGGUAAAACUGAUGUUCCUGACAGUAAGGCUUCUUUUGAAUUCAAGGUUAAUGAUACUAAAGCCAGUGCUGAUGGUUUUAAUGCUGAGAAUGAAGAUCAAGCUGACUUUAUGUCAUAUGAAGGUAAGGUAGAAGGGAAUGUUGGGUUAGCUGAUGCUGUUAAAAUAAGCGAACCAGCCAAAAAAGAAGUAGAAGUUGAAAAUGCUGUUUCAGAAGCUGAUUGCCAAGUAGAAAAUGCCCAGAAUUUAUUAGACAAAGCUAAAGCUGAGUGUGAUCCCAGUGAGAGUAGAGUAGAUGAUUUUGAAACCAAGGCUAGCAGCAAGGAAGAGAAAAGCGAAGGCGAAGCCAAGGUAAGUGAUGCAAAUUCUACAACAGAAAGUAAAAACGAUGAGGAUGGACCAGAAGCACAUAAAUCAGUCAGUGGAGUUACAGAUACCGAGGAUAAUAAAUCUUUGAGUAAAGUUGAUGAUACAGUUAAAUCAGAUGAGAAUGCAGAAAACACUGAAACCAGAGCAGAAGAGUCCCAGACAAUUGCUUCUAAUUCCAAGGACCCUGGUCUCUAUGGCGAAGAAACGAAUUUAGAAAUGAAUGAGAAUAAAAUGGCUAUUAUUCCUAAUAAACCAGUGUUAGUAAAAUUCCAUCAGAUGCCAGACAAUAAUACAAAUUUAGACAAUAAAGCCGAGAGUGAUUUCCAAAUACCUCGACCACCUACUCCAUAUAAAGCGGAUGCACAGAAUGACCUGCCAGGGGCUUCUUCAGUCAGUGCACCCAGUGGGCAGAGUGAUGCACUCUCUGACACCCACAUUGCUUUGGGGGCUGAAGGAGAGACGCAAGAGAACAUGGAUAAAAAUGAUGGAAAAGAGGGUUCAGAAGAGGAGAAUACUUUCAAUAAGGAAGUAACUAAUGAAAAUAAAGAAGAUAAAGCUCCUAUUCAUAUUAGUGUCAGUGACCAAGAUGAUACACCAAAUUUAGUUCAUGUAGAACAAAAUGAGAGAAAUGUAUCGGACGGCAAGUUCUCACGUUCAAAUAGCUCGUGUUCAUGUUCAAAAAUGUCUGAACAUGAGGACAAAGAGACUCAGUAUGAGGAGAGUAGCAGCAAUAUACCAGACAAACACAGCAAAGUAUUGUCCAAAGAAGAGCCUGCAGCUUCUAAAAGCAAAAACCAGCACCUAAAAGAAGACACAAAAACAACACUUCACAAAAAGAAAAAACAAAGGAAAUCUAGAAUUCUUGCAUCAUCUGAUGGAGAUCGAAAUGACACUCAAACCCUAAACAGACUCAUGACUAAGGCCAGUGAAGACCCUAGCCAUUCUGUCCUCAUAGAGGGGAUGUAAGAGGAGGACCCUGACUACUGCUCUUCCUUUCAAGCUUCUUAGGAGGUGAAAUAUUGUCAUGAGCACUGCUCACAUGCAUGGUGAGCCACUCAAAAUGUGGUAGCAAUCAAACACCUGAACCAAUAUUAUCCAGCUCAUAUAAAUAUUAAA